AAUGGAUGGAUUACAUUAUCCGUGGGCUUACUUCACUCCCUCAUCAUCGAUACUCCAUUAACUAACUGUUCUUUCAUAAAAAGUUGUUUUUUGUUUCUGUGUCAUUAGCCCUUCUGCAUAUCUACUUGAGUGUUCAGGUGUCAGGAAAGCAUCGCGUUACAUAAAGUUAUAAAAUAUUUAUUCUGCUUGUUCAUCGAUUUUAUCUCGACAGCAAAUUUAUUAGCCAUGGCAGGUUCAAGCUUCCUCGAGAAAAAACUUAACUUUGUUUUCGACACGUUUUUUGACGUAAGUAAGGAUGGUGCCAUUCAAAAGGAGGAUUUCGAUUUGGCAAUUAAGAGUAUCUGCAAAGCGAGAGGAUAUCAGGAAGGAACUCCAAGCUAUGGACAAGUUUCGGACGCAUUUCUUAAAGUUUGGGAAGGAUUGAGACAACAGGGAGACGCUGAUGGAGAUGAUGAGGUCGACCGAAACGAAUGGGUCACCCUUUGGACUUCCGGUGGCGCUUCGGAAUCGUGGAAAAAGCUUUACAUGGACUUUAUGUUCAAAUUGUUUGAUGCGGAUGACGAUGGAUCAAUCAGUGGAGAAGAAUUUGUUAUGAUAACUGGAGCAUUCGGGGUUCCCAAGGACGAGGCAGUUUCAGCCUUUAAAAAGAUUUCAAAUGACGGAAAAGUUGAGGUUAGCAAGGAUAGUUAUGGCAAAUUGUGGGAAGAAUUUUUCACCUCUGACGACCCCAGCAAGCCAGGAAAUAACAUUUUCGGAAAACUUUGGUAAAAAAUGUGGAAUUUUACAGUGUGUUCUUUUUGAUGAUAAUAAAUUGAAAUAAAAAUUUGUACGAUUCGAUUGCAACAUUGGA